UCGGCGUUGACCAAUUUGCAUCCCUUAAUCCCGAGAGCAAACUUCGAGAUAACAUUAACACACCUCACCAACAUCGGCAGCGGGGAUGCUGCACUGUUUCCAACGCGAUACCACUCGACUCGUCGGAUCGGAUUAUAUGUACCGAAGCCCUCCACUACACUGGCAGAUAGUGUCGGUGCAUUUUAAACCACUAUAAAACGCUAAACGAAGCACUCCGGAGAAAUCAAAUUAACUCGACGCUUUACCAAAGUGGUACAGUUAUUCAGAACACUAAUAGUUUUACCACUCUUCACCUUAAAGCGGAAUCAAUUUAGCUAAUCCUUAGAAAAUGAGUAAACUCGCCACUGCCGCCGUCGUCCUGCUGGCCCUUGGACUAGCACAAGGAUCCCUGUUCGGUCCCUUCGGCCCAUUCGGACCAUUUGGACCACAGGCAGCCCAACCAGGAUUUGCAAAUUUCCCGGCAUUUGGACCGCCAGCAUCGCUACCGGCAUUCUUCCCGCCGGCGUUUGGAGCACAACCUGCACUAGGAGCUCCGGCAUUCGCGCUUUCCCAGUUUCCACCAGUGGCCACCUUCCCGCUUCGAUCCGCAGCCGGUCCGGCAUUCCGUGCCAAGCCCUCUACCGUUCUGGAACGUUUGACGGUAGCCACCUUACCCGCUGAUCUGCAGCAGCGAUUAGACGAAUUGUUGACCGCAAACGAAGCCGGUAAUAAAGCAUGUGACGACGCUUAUCCUGCUGCCGUGGGACCCCUGUCCGGUUUACAUCGACGCUGUGUUGCCUUGCAGAAGAGGGAAACCGAACAAGCAGCCCUAGCUUUGGAGCAGGAAGCCACCGCUCGGGCAGCUGCCGAGGCUGCAGCCGCUGCUACUGUCGAAAGCAGCACCACCGGUGCAGCCGAGCUGGUUGGAGCUUAGAAAUCCAAGAACAGAGACAAAAACUGGGAUAAAUUAUUGUAAAUCAGAUUGAA